AUGGCGGUUUCCCAGAAACCCCAGUCAGGUACCGGCCAACUUGAAGUUCACGCCUUUUGUGGCUCUUCUAUUUCCACACUUUCAUGCACAUAUCCUCUGAAACUUGUGUCGCCGCCAUCCAGACCAACUGACCGCGCUGUCCUUGUCUUUAUGAUGAGUUACGGUGGCGGGCUGGUCGCCGGCGACCGUGUAGACUUGAACAUCAGAGUUCGGCCGAAGUCGCGACUAGCCCUUCUCACGCAAGGAAGCACGAAGGUGUACAAGACACCAUCCAAGUCAAUAUGUUCACACCAAAACCUCACCGUCACAGUGGAUGAAGGAGCAGCGCUCCUGCUGUUACCGGACCCGGUACAGCCAUUCAAAGACAGUUUGUAUGAGCAAUGUCAAAUAUUCCAUGUCCACCAUUCUUUGUCCAGUACACUAGUCCUAGACUGGGUUUCCGAAGGACGAACUGCGAUAGGCGAGGCAUGGAAUUUUUUUGGAUGGAAAGGUCGAAAUGAGAUUUGGUCACUUCCUAAUCCAAACAAAGGAACCACGAAGAAGCUUUUGAUCCGAGAUAGUCUGGUUCUGGAUGAAACAUCGUCUACCAAGCCAAGCUAUAAAAAUGAGAUGGACGGUCUCGGAGUUUUUGGUACUCUCAUCAUCCGGGGCCCAAUGUUCCGUACUCUCGGUGACUUCUUUCUCGGAGAGUUCUCCCAUCUCCCGCGUAUUCGAGCAAAUGGGAAACCUCAUGAACAAGUUGAUUUGCACUUAGGUGAAUCUGUCAAAACAUGGACUGCUGCUUCUGUGCGAGGCUCUGUCAUAGUGAAAUUUGGGGCUCCGGAUGUAGAUGCUGCGAAACGUUGGUUGAGAGACAUGUUAUUACGAGAUGGAACAGUGGAGAAGGAAUUUGGAGCACGCUCUUUGUUGUGUCUGCAGUGA